AUGGUUGAUAAAUCUUUCCCUUUUGCGCGACUGACUCGUUCCAUCAAAACACUUCACACUCCAAUCUAUGAUGCCAAGGCACCAAUAACAAGAACACAUCUAUUAGCUAAAGUGAAAUUAUUAAAUAAAAUUUUGAAUUCCUGUACUUAUAAUAGAACAUUACUUUGCACUACAAAAUAUAAUGCUUCACCGAAAUUUCUUUCCUCUAGAGAUACCGUAAGGGUAAAGAACGUAAUUGAUGAAUAUCUAAGAUCUUUGCAUGUCAAGGAAGCGUCUAAGUUCAAGGUCACACCAAAGGAAAAAUUGGAGAAACUUGGGCUCGAAUUGUUUUUGCAAUGUAACGAAAGUCAUAAAUCCCCUGUUGCUACGACUCUGGCAUGCUCUUUAGCUGAAAAUAUGAAUCGAUAUCCCGACGUCGAUAUCUCAACUGGUAUAAAUAUGGGACUAGAUUAUGCUAGGGAAUUUCUUUUAAAAAAUAAAAUAAUAUUAUCAAGCCCUAAAGAGGUAGAUGCACUCGUUGACAAUUUGGUGACUGAGGAGAAGGAUUCUGAAGUAAUCAAGAAGGUCCUUAAGAUAUUGGAUUAUGAUUUGACAUCUGAUGAUAUGGUUCGCGUUAUAAAAGGUCAGAGGGUUGAUGAUGAAGUCUCUACAUCCCAAGGUUGGAAAUUCUUCAAUAGUUCAUUAUGGACCAACGAAGCAUAUUUGAGGUCGUUGGAAAUCCCAAAAAAUAAACUUGUUUCUUUGAAGGAUAGGGCAUUGGUAUUAGUAUAUGACGGUACAUUAAGAGAUGCAAAGCAAAUAUUACCUUCAUUACAUUAUGCGACAACAAUAAAGAGGUCCUUAGUUAUCUUGACUACAGGUGACUGCGUUGGAGAUGCUUUAACUUCGAUAAUCAUCCACAAUAACAAAAAUAGAAGAGGUGGAAGUGAAAGUAGAGCCCUUGUUUUGAAAUACAUAGAGAAAGAAAAUGAUAAUCUCUCUAUUCAGGAGAAUUAUAACCUUCUAUCUUUCUUGAAUUUACCAAAUGGAUUCGAAAGUAUUUAUACACCAGAUUUCAGUUCAUUGAUCCCUUCCAAGGUUUGCGCCAACAAAUACUUUGGAAAAAUCGAUACACUUAAAGCAACCUCUCAUGAGACAUUUCUAUACAAUUCAGAAACUUGGGACAAGUCAAAUGGUAAGAAUUCUUCUUCACCGAUGAGAAAAACGAUAACCUUAUAUGUUGGGGGAUUCAAUGAGAUAGAUGUUGUUGAAAGAGUAAGCACAUUGGAUAAUGCAAUCAACAACAUAUUGAGUAAUGGCUUAGCUAAGGGGUUCCUACCUGCUUAUGGAAGCUCUCUUAUAAAAGUUAUUCCUGGACUGGAGAAAAUGAAACUUGAUCAUAAAGAAUCUAAUCCAAGCAUUCAGUUAGGUUUAUCUGCUGUUAUCGACAGUUUUUAUCAUCCAAUGGAAUGUGCCCUAAACAACUCUUAUGGGAUUGAUAGAAGCACGACUUCUGAAAUCGUAUCAAGAACGAUACAAGACAAAGAAUUUGAUUCAAUUUUAAAAAUUCCGAUACAAUAUCGAACGUCACUUGAGCCAUGGAAUAAAAUGGAUGAUUGUAUUAGAAACCUUCAAAGUUAUUUGAAGCUUGUAAAUAGUUGCCACACCAUUGUGGCAAAAAUCUUUGAACCAAAGAAAAAAUGA